AUGGAUGCUCUCCAUGGCCUCAUUACCAACGUCCCCGACUGGAUUAAACGGCUCGACGACCUGAGCAGCCAGAUUGACCAGCGACAGCUCGAACUUGCGCGGUUUGUCGACCCGAGCCCAGGGUCGGGAUCGCCAACCACUCCCGAUGGAGCGCCCUCCCGAGCCAAAUCGGUCCGCAACAAGGGCUCUACCGAGUCGCUGAAGCCGCAGGACGAGGGUGCCGCAUUCAACGAUGAGCCGGAUGCCAUCGGCACCGUCGGAAAGGAGGCACAGCAAAUGUCCGUCGGUAGACAGGGUCAGGGACAAGGACAACUGGCGGCCUCGCCCACGAGUCCGGGCGCUGGCGAGCGGGCCAGGCUCGCCCUGCUCAAGCAAACGACGCAAGUCGCCGAGGUAGCCCAGGCACAGGCCCGCGCGACGCUGCGCAAACGCGCCAAGCGCAGCGACUCGGUGGCCAGCGCCGACGGGCCCGCGCCCAAGUACCGCACGCGCAGCAUGAUUAUUGUCUACUACGACAGCUACGUGCAGUCGUUUUUUGAAGAGCUGGUCCGAUUUGUGUCGGCGCAGCGCAACCUGAUGCGUAAGGCGAAGAUGGCGGCGAAGGUGGCGCAUAUCAAGCGCAUGGCCGAGCUGGAGAUGCCAGACUCGAUCGAGCCAGAAGACGGCCCGCCAGUUCUGGACACGACGAGUAGUGACAAGAUGGCUGUGGACAACACGGACGCACCGAAGCUGGAGGUGGACACUGGGGCGGUACCAGCGAUGAAAACGACGCACGACACCAUUCUCGCGGUCGCGGGCCCGUCUGGCGCUGACGACCUGCCCCAGCUCAACUACCGCCGGACACUCACCAUGCGUUCCCCCGGUAUGCUGGCAACCGGCCGGCCAUUGUACCUGCGGGCGUCAGGUCGUGCGAGCCAUCUGCCCGGCUUUGGUGGUAUGGGUGGCGCCAAAGGCUCCUCGCUCACCGGCGGCCAACAGCCGCCGGACGUGUACGACGAACUGGACCGGGGGCUCGAGUACGCGCAGUCGAUGUGCGAGCACGCGGCGCACCAGUUCCUCCGCGACGGCGAUUGCAACGAGGAGAUUGGCAAUAUCAAGCGCCGUCUGAUCGAGACGAAAGACAUUGCGGACCUCGAGAUGGAGCGGGUCAAGAAGGAGGAGCCCGAGGCGCUGACAGCGUUGGACGAGCCGCUCAAGUCGCGGAGCUUCCGGCCACAGACGAUGCGCCGAGACGGGCCCAGCAUUGCAGCGAGCGCCAAGGAGGCGCUUCUCGGAAGCUCUGGCCCUGCGACGAUUCCACGUACGGCCACCGGCCCCAUUGCUUCGGCCAUCGAGGUAGACACAGCUCUCGAGGUUGACGAGGGCAUCGACGACAUGGAUGCCAAAGUGACACCGCCGCUGAUGUACAAGUCUUCGCGGAUGCGGUAG